AUGGGUUACUCGAAGCAACAAAAACUCGCUAUAAUCAAGCAUUUAAAGUCUGAACGAGCUAAAAUAGCUAAGAAGAACGAAGACCACUUGAAUAGAAUAUCACAACAAACAUAUCAGAAAGUGAUACGACGGAUGAAUGGUGUUAGUGUGACAUUAUUAGAUAUUAAAUUGAAAGAUGUUUUAAAUAUUGAAAGACUGAAAAAAUUACAAGUUAAAAGUUUGAUUGAGGAUAUACAAAACUUGAAAAAACAGAUAGUCAAUAAUCAGAAAUCAUAA